CUUCUGGACAGUCCGAAAAAAACGUGACUGUCCCGCGAAAAUUGCUAUUUUUUACUAAGCCUUGGAGAGAUAUAACGUGGAGAGAGAUAAAGUACCAGACAAUCAGCUCCUAACUGCAAUGUUACAGGCUGAGUUUGAAAAAUGACAUGAGCUGUUUGGCUGGUACUUUAUCUCCAUCCAUUUUAUCUAUCUCCAAUCCUUAGUACAUAGACCCCUCAGUCUAACUGCGCAUGCGUCUGGCUUGUAGAUGUACUGUAUUUGCACAAAGUGACAGAAGCAAUAGUGGCUGCAGCGUCCCACUCAGAAUCAGGCUCUUUGUCCCCAAACAUCCACAGAAGUUCAUAUAAACCAGCUCUAUAGAUCAGAAGAUCUCACAAUAUCUGCAAGUCUUUAUAAAUAUACAGAGUUCAUCUACAAAUACUGGUUUCAACUUUUAACUGUUCUUACCAUUAAGGCUUAGAAAGGGACAAAAAUCAGUAAACUCUAAGUAACUGCUGUAAACACGGGCAGCCUACUAUUGAGAAAGGGGUGUGAAAACUGAUGCUGGUCAGGAGAAGGCGAGCCAGUGAAUGACAUGCUUCCAUACAGUAUACAGAAUCUGUCACCUGAGCAGAAAUAAGGAUAACAGUUCUGCAAACUGGUUAGUUGUGAUAGAGAUUAGCCAAAGUUUCAACAUACAGGGAACAUGUUUGGUUACUCUGCUGUCUCUAGGAUAUCAGUCUGUAAAGAGUGCAGGUUAAAGGAGGAGAAAUGUCAAGAGAAAACUCUGUACAGCUCAUUUCUUACCCCGACAGGGGACAAUCUUUCUUACCAGCAAUCCCAGCAAGUAGAGUAGGGGUCCUAGAAGACAGGGUAUUUAACCAGGAAAAGACCACGACCAUACUUCUAGACCAGGCCUUCAAGAUAAAAGAGGAUGUGUCCAUGCUGCGAGGGAACCGCGGAACUCAAUGGGAUGUGAUGGCUCAACGGCUGCUUGAAAAUCACAUGCAGACAAUCACGCAAAUAGUGAAGCAACUUAGCAAAGAUAUUGAGGUUUUGGAAAAUGAGAUACGGGCCAGGGAUACAGUGAGCACAGGAACAAGCUUUGCCGUACAAAGCCUCGACAGGAAACAUCUUUCCGGAAUAGGUGACCUGCGUGGUCGUGUGGCCAGGUGUGACGCCAGCAUAGCUAAAUUGUCAGGUGAUUUAAUGACAACGAAGCAGGAACUGCACACACAGGAGAAGGAGAUUCGGAGUAUCAGCACCGCACUGGAAGCACACGUGAAGCAGUUAGACUUUAAGGUAAUGCAGCUAGUAGGCAAAAUGGAAACAUCUAUUUCUGAACAGAACAAUAAAGUGAAGAGUGCCGAGGGGGUGCAACGCCAUGAGAUUCAACUUCUUGAUUUCAAACUUGGUGGUUUACUUGAAGAUAUCCAGGGCCAAAUCCAAAAUCAACACAAGUGGACAGAAUCCCAGCUAGAAAAAUCAUCUGAAGAGCAGUCUCGGCACAUACAACAGUUCCUUGAUAGAGUGACAGAAAAAAUGGAAGUAACAGAAAAGAGACUACAGGAGAAUGUACACCACCUUAAUGUGAAAGUUGACAACACUGAUCUGGUAGAAAGGCUUGAAUCUAAAAUCAACAAGAUGAAAUAUGCAGCAGACAAAAUGGCUGCCAGAAUCACAAAACUGGAAAGCCAAAUCUGGAAUGAGAUGGAGAACAUGAAAAGUGAAUACAGAGCAGGAUUCCAAGCGAUACAGGAAUCUCUGAAUUCCCUUCAACAAAUCCAAGAGUCAAAAGUGAAACUAGAGAGUAAAAAAGUUCAGAAAGACAUCAAGCAAAUCCGACGAAAGAUUGUGGAAAUAAAUGACUGCUGAGAUCACCUUCAUACCAAUAUGAUUACAUUAUAGUAUUUACAUCAACUGAUCUUAAUGUUUGCAUACUGAGAUGCCUGGGGGUAUAUUUACUAAAGGUCGAUUUUGUUUUAGUUCGAUUUUAGAUCGAUUUUAAACAGAUUUUAAUUGAUAUUGGGCUUCCAGGGUUAAAAAACACACAUUUACUAGCAGAUGAUUUUUUAUAUACAUUUUGAAAUGUUAGUAAAUGUGUGUUUUAACCCUGGAAGGCCAACAUUGAUUAAAAUUGAUUUAUAAUCGAUCUAACAUAAAAAAUAAAUAAAAAAAAUCGCCCUAUAGUAAAUAUACACCCUGGUGUGGAAUUCCAAUUAAAGACAUAACUUUUACUUGC